UCAGAGUGAACGACAAUGAACAAAUUCAUUUUUAUAUUGAUUGUUUCGUGCCUGAGCACGAUAGACAGCAAAAAUCAAAACACUUUCUUUGAUAGUUUGUUCGAUAGAAUCAGGCUCGGAUUUGGCAAGUUUCAAAAUAUCGAUAAAGCUGCUCGAGUUGCUGACUUGGUGAGUCAAGCGUUUGGAAGCGGUGUUAAAACUGAUUCAGUACGACAAGAAGAAGAGUCUGAAGAUGGUUUGAAAGAGCCUAAUAUUUUAGUUAGGUUUUUAAAAGUUCUGGGAAUCAAUAGCAAGAAAAUCGGAGUUAUUACAGUGAACGUAAUAAUAUUUAUUGCACAGCUGCUUUCCAAAACACUACUGAACAAAGCAUCAGUAUCGAAAUCAACAUCUCCCAACCAGGAAGAAUUAAGAAAUGCAAAAAAUGGAGAUCCAUUUUCUUGGAUCAUGGAGAAACCCGAAGUUCGUAAUAUAAUAAAUGAAGCCCUCAAUCCUAAAUUGCCAGAAGAAAUUAUCAAAUAUAUUAAAGAACGAUCAAUGGAUGAAGAAACUGGCUGUGUCCAAAUGUUAAUAUGCAAAGUAUCACCCAUUAUUCGCGGAAUGCAAAAAGCUCUGAAUUUUACGGAGAACUAUCUACAUAAAGACCAAAAUGCAACUGUCCAGAAAUUUGUUUUUUCCGAAUAUUUUCCGAAAGUGGAUGAAAUGUUAAAGCAUAGCUGGGAAUGUGAAGAUAAAUAUCAUUUUUGUUUUUAUGAUGAUUUGUGAUAAUUUAAAGUAAAGCGAAUUAAAUAUUAAAAAAAAUGA